GCCAAAUACCCUCCCUGCAAGGUGCAAACAUUCUUCUCACAUCUGGAUGAUAAUCCAAAUUAUAAGGUGACGUUGAGGCUUGCGAAACCUGACAAUGGGAUACGCCUCAUUUCAUCCAUAAGAUGAACGUACAUAGUUGACAUCUAACUUUCAAGAUAGGUUUGAUCCACGCUUGCCUCUGCAUUGAGAUUUGGAUGAGGCUGUAGCUUCGAAGACCUUGAAUGCGCACACUCAAUUGCUUCAACUGUUGAGUGCUCAUCAGCACACUGAUUGUAGGCCAAUUUUUGACGAUUCUGCUCUUGUCAACAGUACCAGUACUGCUUAAUUUUGAGAUUUUUCUAUCGAUGACAAUCUCACACAGAUAGCGAAGAAACAGAUUUUGUAGACGUUCGGAGGAGUUCGAACUGGUGGACAGGAACUGAUCACGUUACUUCAUUCGCUGAACUUUUAGGACCAUACAUUGAUGUCCAUUUGAUCUUUGCAGAGAUUCUUGCAGCUUGCAAAUUCUUCCCGAACGUCUUCUAGUGGUACCCUGGAGCUUCGGAAGUUUGCGGAGGAUAGGGAGUAGACUCCGCGCAGAUGAUUUACGUCCGCAGGGCAAACUAUUGGGACAAAAUUUUUGUGAAGUGAUAAUAGUCGUGUGGUGUAGUGUUGAAUUUGUGAAUCCUGAAUUUCUGCCCGAAAUGGCUGUCGUUGCCGGUGCAACUGUAGGCUGCUACCACAGCUAUGGCGGCAAGGUUUCUUCAGGUGUUGUACUCAACAGACGCCUUUCACUCCUUUCUGCCAAUUUUGCUCCGAGUCUUAAUAGAUAUUCUAGAAGGAAUGCUCCAUCUACAGGAGUGCUAAGAGUAGCAGCGACGGCUGAGUUGGUUACAGCGAGUGAACUUUACACCAAAGCCUCCCAGAUACCCGAUUUUCUCUAUUCCAUAUCUGAGGAGAUAUCCGAUGGGCCUAUUGAACUUCCUCCAGAGUUGUUGGAUCCCUUGGCCAUACCCGAAGCCUCCCCAUUGCAAGUCGCUGCAAGUGUGGUCCUCACAGGGCUCAUUACGGUGCUUCUGAUCCGCUCCCUUCGACGCCGCUCGAAGAAGGCAAAAGAAACCAGGUUCCGCUCUACCGGAGAAAUCAAGGAGGAUGCACGCAAAUCGGCAAUGGCAUUGCUAAACAAAGCACCAGAAGUCGAAACUCCUCCUCCAAGCGCUCUCCAGACCUUCUCUGGCGCCGUAGUCGCCGGCUUCAUUGCUCUCGUGCUGUAUAAGUUCACCGUCACCGUGGAAGGGAGCUUCACCGGCAAGGCUGUUUCUAUGAACUACUCCAUCCGCAACUUGACCAUCACCGUCCGCACCAUCGUCACGGGAUUGUGCUACUUGGCUACUUUCGUCUUCGCCGCGAACUCCCUUGGCCUUACCCUGCUUUCCCUUCAGCUAGCUCUUGGCAUCGGUGGACCCGAGGACACUAAACCUAAAACUAGCGACUCCGAAUCAGACCUAGAGAAGAAGCCAGACGACGAAUCUUCGUAAUUGAGCGAACUCUAACAGCUUGCAUGUUUCAUGUCCUUCCAAUCCUUAACCUUAGAAUUUUUUUACAAUUUUCCUGUAGAAUGCAGAAUGCUGUCGGCCUUGUACAUGAUUUUGCCAGAUAUGAGUGAUUGUCGACAGAGUUUCUCUGCGACUUGUAGAAUUGAUCUUGUCGUGCAUUAAGUGCAAGCGAUCACUGAGCAGCUUAGCAAUGAAAGCGUCUUGGUGUACGUAAUCAGCCUGAAGUACUAUUUUAUCCAGCUGAUUGUUUGCUA